AUGUCCACCACCGCGCGAGCUUCGGCGGCCCUCAAGGCGCGCAUCCGGAGGCCGACCAUGUUGAACAAGGUCUGCCGGGCUGAGGACAUGCUGCAGCAUUUCCCCAAUGGCGCGUACAUUGGCUGGUCUGGCUUCACCGGUGUCGGCUACCCCAAGAAAAUCCCCACGUUCCUCGCCGACCACGUCGAGCAGAACAACUUGCAGGGCAAGCUUAGGUACAGUCUCUUCGUCGGUGCCUCGUCCGGCGCCGAGACUGAGAACCGAUGGGCCGGCCUCGACAUGAUUGAGCGGAGGAGUCCCCAUCAGGUCGGAAAGGCCAUCUCCAAGGGUAUCAAUGAUGGCAGCAUCAACUUUUUCGACAAGCAUCUUUCCAUGUUCCCCGUCGACCUUGUCUACGGCUUCUACACUAGGAACAGGCCGCACAACAACAUUGACGUUGUAGUCGUUGAGGCGACCGAUAUUCUCGAGGACGGCAGCAUCGUUCCCGGUGCUUCCGUUGGUGCGACUCCCGAGCUCGUCCAGAUGGCCGAAAAGAUCAUCAUCGAGGUCAACACCUCCAUCCCCUCCUUCGAGGGUCUCCACGAUAUCACCAUGACCGACCUGCCCCCCCACCGCAAGCCCUACCUCGUCAUGGACGUCGAGGACCGCAUCGGCCGCACCUCCAUCCCCAUCGACACCGAAAAGGUCGUCGGUAUCGUCGAGUCCGACUACCCCGACGCGACCUCGCCCAACACUCCUCCCGAUGCCAAGUCCGAGGCCAUCGCCGGCCACCUCAUCGAGUUCUUCGAGCACGAAGUCGCCCGCGGCCGCCUCCCCAAGAACCUCCUCCCUCUUCAGUCCGGCAUCGGCAACGUCGCCAACGCUAUCAUCGGCGGUCUCAACAACAGCAACUUCAGCAACCUCAAGGUGUGGACCGAGGUCAUUCAGGACACCUUCCUCGACCUCUUCGACUCGGGUAAGCUCGACUUCGCCACCGCCACGUCGAUUCGCUUCUCGCCCGACGCCUUCAAGCGCUUCUACGAUAACUGGGAGAAGUACCACAACAAGCUCCUCCUCCGUAGCCAGAGCGUGUCCAACUCGCCCGAGAUCAUCCGCCGUCUCGGUGUCAUCGGCAUGAACACCCCCGUCGAGGUCGACAUCUACGCCCACGCCAACAGCACCUGCGUCAUGGGCAGCCGCAUGCUCAACGGUAUUGGUGGCUCCGCUGAUUUCCUCCGCUCCGCCAAGUACUCCAUUAUGCAUACUCCCUCGACUAGGCCCAGCAAGAACGAUCCCGAUGGUGUGAGCUGCAUCGUCCCCAUGUGCACGCACAUCGACCAGACUGAACAUGACCUCGACGUCAUCGUUACCGAGGUCGGCCUCGCUGACGUGAGGGGUCUGAGCCCCCGCGAGAGGGCCAAGGUCAUCAUCGACAAGUGCGCUCAUCCCGUCUACCAGCCCAUCCUCAAGGCGUACUAUGAGAAGGCCGAGUAUGAGUGCAUUAAGAAGGGUAUGGGCCAUGAGCCUCACCUUCUGUUCAACUCUUUCGAUUUGCAUAAGGCGCUCCAGGAGGAGGGAAGCAUGAGGAAGGUCAAGAGCUGGUAA